AUGGUGAACACGCUAGCUGCUAAAAUGGACAAUCUUUCUGAAACGGUCUCUGCCCUCAGUAAUCAGUUUGCCACUUUUAAGAAGAGGCAGCAACAAACUGUGCCUGGUGGGACGCCCCCUGUGGCCCCCACCCCGUGUCCAGUCGGUGAUGCUAACCAGGACCAUGGAGACAGUGACAUGUGCCUGCAGAGUGUGUGUGACCCAACCCAGGCAGAGGACAAUACUGCAGGGCAGCAUGCGGGUGCCACUGCACCUUCCCUGAGGAAGGCUACCCCCACCAAGCCAGUCACGGGAGCCAAGCAACAACCCUGGGGCCCCUCGGGGAUGGCUCCUGCCUCCCCUGUCUCAGAGGACAAGUCACCUGAGGCAGACUGUGAUGGGGAUGCCGUUGGUGAAUGGACAUUGGUCACCCACAGGAAGAGGUGCUGCUCCACCCCCCUUCCAGUUCCGACUGCCAGCCCCAAGCCAGACCAGUGA